UCUUUCUUUACCAUUGACCGCAGUCAUAUUUUUCUUACCCUAAUCCUUGUAAUAAACAUUUGUUUGUCCUUAUAUUCUCAGCCACGACUAAAUGACAGGAUGACCGACGCAUUCAGCAGCAACUCUGAUGCGGUCCUCCGGCGUGGAGUGGACGUGACGUCAGGGAGUGAUGCUCCCUUAGAAAACGUAGAGGAGCAGUACCAGAUUAAAAGAACCUGCGACUUCAUUAAUAACAAUGGUUUCAAAAAGGUUGCACUACAGUUCCCAGAUGAAGUGCUGGUGCAUUCUGUUCCCAUUGCCACAGAGAUCGAGAAAAGUACGUCAGCCAAGCUGUUCGUACUGGGAGACACAUCCUAUGGCAGCUGCUGUGUUGACGAGGUGGCGGCGGAGCACGUGGGGGCCGACUGCAUCGUGCACUACGGCCGGGCCUGCCUCAGCCCCACCACGCGCCUGCCGCUCAUCUAUGUUUUCGAGCGGCGGCCCCUGGACCUUGAGAAGUGUGCCGCUGCCUUCAGGGAGCUGUACCCCGACACGCAGAGCCACGUGGUCGUGCUGUACGACGUCAACUACUCUCACGCAAUCGACGCCCUCCAGGCGCUCCUCACGCCCUCCUACCCCAACAUGGUCGUCUCCACGCUCGUCCUCGACCACUGCCACGGUCACAGCGAGCCGCCGCCGCCGGUGGGGCCAGGGGAGCCCGGGGUGGUCCGCGAGUUCAGCCGGCGCUGCGCCCUGAAGGCGGGCCUGGGCGUGCGGGACUACAGCGUUUUCUUCGUGGGCCCCGAGGGCGCGGUGCUGCGCAACUUCAUGAUGACCUGGAACCGCGUCCGCUUCUCGGCCUUCCAGCCCGCCACCUCGGCCAGCCGCGCCGAGUCGCCCGCCGUCAACCGCGCGCUGAUGAAGCGCUACUACGCCAUCGAGCGGGCCAAGGACGCGGGCGUGGUGGGCAUCCUGGUGGGCACCCUGGGCGUGGCCGACUACCUGGCCAUCAUCACGCAGCUGAAGGAGACCAUCCGCCGGGCGGGCAAGAAGAGCUACAUGUUCGCCAUGGGCAAGCUCAACGUGGCCAAGCUGGCCAACUUCCAGGAGAUCGACGUGUUCGUGCUGAUCGCCUGCCCCGAGAACUCGCUGCUGGAGCACGCCGACUUCUACAAGCCCGUGGUCACGCCCUUCGAGAUGGAGGUGGCCUGCAACCGCGGCCGCGAGUGGUCCGAGGACUACGUCACCGACUUCCGCAACCUCCUGCCAGGUGGGCAGAACCACGUGGCGCUGGGCAGUGAGCAGGAGGCGGGAGAGGAGACGGACGUGUCCCUGAUCACUGGGGCGCUGCGGAAGCACGGCCUGUGGUCUGAAGAGGCAGCGGUGCCCUCUGACGACCCCUCCUCCCUGGUCCUGAGGAACCAGAACCUCACCGUGGCCCAAACCCACACAGCAGCGUCCUACCUGGCGGGCCGCAGCUGGCAGGGCCUGGAGAGGAAGCUGGGAGAGACGGCGGUGACCAAGGCCGUCGAGGGCCGGAGGGGCAUCGCCAUCGCCUACGAGGGCGAAGGGAAGUCCUCGUGAUGACUCGCCCCGGUCAGAUCCACCACAGGCCUUAUUUAACCACCGCUGGUUCACCUCCAUGCAACAAGCCGCUCACACACGAUUGGACCGUUGUUUUAUGCACAUGUUUUAUUCAUAUUGGAAUGAUGGUAGCACAAUGUGAUGGCUAUCUACACUGGGGAGUCUGACCUCAGUCCCGCCCACAAUUGACUGUUCUACCAAACACUUACAAAGCUGUUUCAGGACCACUUAUUCAAAUAAAUCCCUGUAGACCGAGCAAAGAAGCCAUAGUUUAUUGUUUAACACAUGCGCGUUGUCUCAAACGGCUGUGCUUGUGACCAUGGUAUAAAUUGAGAAAUAAGUUAAUGCAAAUAAUAUGCCAGACAGCUCCCCGACAGAGCCCUGUUUGAGCAGAUAAGCUUCGAGGACAUGGAGUACAAAUUCCAUAGAAAAUAUAUAAAUGGGUUCACUCAGUUGAGUCAUGUUAAAGGUAAAUGUAUUGCAAACAAUUAUUUAUUUAUUUGUCCAAAGUAACUCAAAAUAAGUGCAUUCAGGCAUGUAUAUACAACCCAAAUGUUGCAAGAAUCAUGUGAGUACAUAAAAUGUAUCAAAUAGGCGAAUUGCUUCCAGUGCUACAAUCAGUUUCCAAACGGUGAGCACGCAGCAACGACGCAGCAACUGGUUAUAAGGCAUCCACCGGAGCUUCCACAUAGGCUGCAGGGAAUAUACCAGUACUUCCUUUACACUCCCCUUCAAACCAGUCCCGGUUCACUAAAGAAAUGGAACAAUUAAUAGUGAUUAAAACGUCACUCCUUUUUUAUCCAGGAUGAACAAAGUUUUUCCCAUGGCGGCGAGUUUGUGUGCGCUACCUUUAGUGAGGAGUAGGAUGCUGUCCCCCUGGUUAAAGCUGAGGUCCUCUGGAUUCUGGGACUCGUAGGAGUAUAGCGCCACAACAUGAAUCGACACCUCCGGGCUCUCUUUCACUGGCUAGCAACACAAAACGGGAACGGUUAGUUCACACCUCGUUAACCCUUCAGGCCCUGCAACCCUGAGUCCCUCUAAAACAGGAGCUAGUGAGGAGCGAUGCUCAGCCUGAUGAAGGCGCCUCCCACCUCCUCUUUGGGGAUACACCACAGAGUGAUGCGCCCACAGUUGGCACUGCUCCAGACCCCCUGCAUGUCUGUGCUGGCGUCCAUUACCGUCAGUCCAGCCGCUGGGGACGUGCAACUGCAGUACACAAAAAGGAUCACGCGAUUCGAAUGUUUGUGUUAAAUGGAUACAGGCUCAUUUCCAAACGGAGAGCAUUGUUGCAUACAUCAGUUUGUGAUUAUAUUUAUUCUCAUCACUGCUGCAUAUUUCAUUUCGAAUGUUUGUACCCUGUAAGUGAUUUGGCUACAGGCAAUACAAGUCUGGAUCCUAUGAAUAUAUUUAGUAUUUAUAAUCAAAUACACAUUUUCUUAAACUGAUGACAAACUGAUAAUUUUACUUUAAACAUGUUUUGAAAUUCUCUCUGUAAAGUUGUGGAAACAGCAAUUUCAGCAAUUCUGACGUAAUACCUCAAGGUGACGUAAUACCUUAAGGUGACAUCCUCCGCUGGCAGCUUCAGUUUCUUGCCGACCCGCUCCACCAGUGCAGUGAAGGGAGAACCGUAGUCUAUAUAGAGCGCUAGGUUGAAUUUGUAAUGCACUUUCACAAGGCAUGCCGAUUCUUCACUGUCUUCCGCAGUCUAAUCAGAGAGCGAGACCCAUAUCAGUUCUGAGGCAAGCACGCAUUACUUUAUUUUCGACCUAGAGAAAAAGGUGCUGGUCAAAUGACGGGUGAAGAUACGAUUUGAUUUGGCGUACCUCAGAGUUUUUGGUGUCUUCGUUGUUCUUACUGGGUGUAGGGACUUAAGAAGUACAGCUGGUUAACUUAAGAGUAUUAACAUUAGGAAACUAUCCAGUCCAACAAACCGUGUUGUUAUGUUUUGCAUGUUUAAAGUAUACCUUGUUCAGUUUCCGGUCGAGUGGGUGCCUUUCGCCUUGGAAGGUCUGCUAAAUAAAUGAUUUGGGAGUUGCCAUCCUACACAGAGACAAAUUAAUUGAUAUGCACUUAAAAACACUUGAAAUGAAUAGCUACACCUGGCAUGGCAGCGCAGAGACUGUAACAUUGUGCACAAUUAAAAUAAAACCACGCGCAAACUGCAUCUACUUUGUACUUGUGUCAGUGAUUUGUGAUUCUGGAUACAUUUAACUAUUCAAAGAAAAACAUGUCUGGGUGAUACAUGCUGUGCUUUAGAAUCCAAGUGAAAACACUGGUAAACUACCAAAAUGGAAAACAUUCCCUUACUUGAGUUGGUUUUGAAUUCAGAUUGAUCUCCAUCCGCUCCAGGUAAUUGUAGGGAACCAGGCCUCUCUGUAAACACAGGAGCCAGGAGUAGUAGUAACUGACUAACUGAAGCACAACCCAUUAUAUGCAUCCCUAGCCUGGGCUGUACGUAUUGGGUUAUUAUUAAAGUGGACUGUGAUGUUUUGUACGUACUCUUUCAUUGAAGACCACUGAGGCCCAGUUGUCGUCGCCCUUCUGCAACACAAACACUACGUUCCCGGGCAGCACGGCCAGCUCGCCGCUCGUCUCCGGGGAGAACGCAAAGCGCACUAUGUGGGGUUCUCCCUCGAAGGCCCUGGGGAGGCACAGAACGCCAGUGGCGGGGGACGGUUUGGCCUGUGAUGGUCAGUUCACGUCACACUUCCUUCAUACAUUGGAACUUUUGCCUUGGUGGAUCACGUUGUUGCAGUCACAGAGUGUAUAUGUGUGGUCGCCGCACAAAUCUAUAAUGUUCUAUGAUGUAGGCCUCUAUGGGAUGUGAAUAUUACUGAUGUAUGCCUCUAUGGGAUGGGAUUUGAAUUAACCUGAUGUAGGCCUCUUGGAUGUGAAUAAACCUGCUGUAGGCCAGUAUGGGAUGGGAUGUGGAUAAACCUGAUGUAGGCCUUGAUGGGAUGGGAAUAAGCCUGAUGUUGGUUUAAGGGACGUGAAUGUGGCCCCUAGGGUUAGGGUCAAAAUGACCAGACUACGUUGAUCAAAG